CUUUUCUCUCUCGCACUCUCGUUUUAAACGCCUGUACCUGAGUCUUUAUAUACUGUAUAUUAUUUUUUACUAUCAGAGUGCUCGACUGUAUAGAUAUCGCGCCUGCGAGCAUAAGCAACAGAAAACACAGGAGGCGCUUUUGAAACAAAAUGACAGCAGAAACAGCGACUCUUCAAUCCGUUGAAGUAUAUACAAAGGGAACUAAGGCUUGGUUUACCGACAAAACUGAGGGAUGGAUCUCUACGACAUGCAUCUCCAACUCCAUCAGCGGAAAUAAAGUGGCCAUCACAUUUCAAGGCGAUAAUGACCUUCAAGAAUAUGUGUUUGAGUCAACGUUGGCAGAAAUUGAAAAAACCAGCGGUGCGAAUCUUCCACCGCUAAGAAACCCACCGAAAAUGGAGUAUACAGAUGACCUGACCAAUCUCAGCCAUUUGAACGAACCAUCAGUGUUAAACACGAUCCGGACGCGUUAUAUGCAGCAUCUGAUUUACACAUAUUCCGGUAUCGUGCUUAUUGCCGUAAAUCCAUUCGAUCGAGUGGCCUUGUAUGACCCCGAUGUUGUUCAGCAAUACUCCGGAAAACGUCGUGGCGAACUGGAGCCACAUCUAUUUGCUAUUGCUGAAGAUGCUUACCGUUGCAUGAUACGGGAACAGAUGAACCAGACGAUCGUUGUCUCUGGUGAAAGUGGUGCUGGUAAAACAGUUAGUGCAAAAUACAUUAUGCGCUACUUUGCUACGGCCGAUGACCAGGAAUCAGUGGGAAAGAAGAAAAAGUCGGGUGGUGGCAUGACAGAAGUCGAAGAGCAGAUUUUAGCUACCAACCCCAUUAUGGAAGCGUUCGGUAACGCAAAAACUACGCGAAACGACAACAGUUCUCGUUUUGGAAAAUAUAUCGAAAUUCAAUUUGACGAGGGAGCCAAUAUCAUCGGUGCCAAGAUCCGAACUUAUCUACUCGAACGUUCGCGUUUGAUCUUCCAACCUCAAACUGAAAGAAACUAUCACAUUUUUUAUCAGCUUUGCGCAGGUGCUCCUUUGUCUGAGAAGAAGGAGUUCGAGUUGGGUGAUCAUACGAGCUUCCACUACUUGAACCAGAGCGGUACAGGCAUGAUUCCGGGAGUCGACGAUGCGGCCGAAUUCGAAGUAACCCAACGUGCAUUGUCGACUGUUGGUCUUUCCGUACAACUUCAAUGGAAGAUCUUCCGACUCUUGUCUGCGCUAUUACAUAUCGGCAAUAUUCAGAUUGGCGGCCGUGGUGACGCGAUGCUAAAUGACAGCGAUCCUGCCUUACUAACAGCUACCAAAUUGAUGGGCAUUAACGCUUCCGAAUUCAGAAAAUGGAUUGUACGUAAACAAAUCGUUACUCGAUCUGAAAAGAUUGUUACCAAUUUGACUCCCGCGCAAGCCCAUGUGGUCAAGGACUCAGUAGCCAAAUACGUAUAUGCCAAUCUGUUCGAAUGGCUUGUUGGUGUGAUCAAUGAUAGCCUGUCGUCGCCCGAUCUCGAUAAAGUCGUUACUUUCAUCGGAGUACUCGAUAUCUAUGGUUUCGAGCAUUUCAAAAAGAAUUCGUUUGAGCAGUUUUGUAUCAACUACGCAAACGAAAAAUUGCAGCAGCAGUUUAACCAGCACGUGUUCAAACUGGAGCAAGAAGAAUACGUCCGUGAAAAGAUCAACUGGAACUUUAUUGAAUUUAGCGAUAACCAAAAGUGUAUCGAGCUGAUUGAAGCAAGAUUGGGUAUCUUGUCCCUUUUGGAUGAGGAAUCCCGUCUUCCAGCAGGUUCAGAUCAAGGCUUCGUCCAAAAGUUAUAUAGCAACUUUGCCACACCUCAAUACAAGAACUAUUUCAAAAAACCGCGAUUUUCCAACAAUGCAUUCACCAUUGCUCAUUACGCGCAUGACGUACAAUACGAAGCCGAAAACUUUUUGGAUAAGAACAAAGAUACUGUCCCCGAUGAGCAUCUUACUCUGCUUCAAGGCUCUGAUUUUGACUUUUUGAAGGAUGUUUUAGAAAAGGCCGCUGCCAACAACCCAGCCCCUCAAGCUGAAAACAAGCGCAUGAGCAUGAUGUUCCGAAAACCAACCCUUGGUUCUAUUUUCAAGCUAUCACUCAUCAACCUGAUGGACACAAUCGGACAAACAAACGUACACUAUAUCAGAUGUAUUAAGCCAAACGAAGCCAAGGUCGCUUGGGAGUUUGAACCGAACAUGGUUCUUUCACAAUUACGUGCAUGCGGUGUGCUUGAGACGAUUCGUAUCAGCUGUGCCGGAUACCCUUCACGAUGGACAUUCGAAGAAUUUGCCGAUCGAUAUUAUGCAUUAGUUUCUUCUAAACAUUGGGAUAACAAGUCAAAUCUCGACAUGUCACAGCUCUGCUCACUUAUUUUGGAUGCAUCUAUCAAGGACAAGGACAAGUACCAAGUGGGAACUACAAAGAUCUUCUUCCGUGCUGGUCAGCUAGCAUACCUUGAGAAAUUACGCGCAGACAGAUACAAUGAAUGCGCAGUCUUGCUUCAAAAGAAUAUCAAACGGUACAUUUACCGCACUCGGUACGUUCGCAUGCAAAGUCUGGCAAUCGGCUUGCAGUGUGUCGCUCGCCGCAAGGUGGCUCAAACCAAGCUACAGUCUUUCCGGGAACGCAAGGCGGCUAUUACCAUCCAGUCGUGCUGGCGCAGAUACGUUGCUCGUAAGCAGUAUCUCGCUACUCAGCAGUUCAUUCUUCAACUGCAGACAGCUAUUCGUGGAUGCCAUGCUCGUCGCAACCUGAGUACUGUCAAGGAACACACAGCUGCAAUUGCUAUCCAGCGGUUGGUCCGUGGCUGGUUUGCACGUAAACAGUAUCAAGCCAAGCGUCAAUUCAUUAUUCGGCUACAAUCUUCAAUUCGACGUCGUAACGCACGCAAACAGCUUGUGGGUCUGCGAUCAGAAGCGCGAUCUGCCAACCACUUCAAGGAGGUCUCGUAUAAGCUGGAAAACAAGAUUGUUGAGCUGACACAGACUCUGACGGGGCUAAAAGACGAGAAGAAGUCUGCCAAUGACCGAUCAACAGCUCUGGAAGCCCAAAUCCGUACUUGGACCGACAAGUAUGAAAAGUUAGAAAAGAAAAACAAAAACUUGGAGACAAGGUUACAAGAACCUACUGUACCACAAGAACAAUGGGAUACACUACAAGCGGAACGCGACCAACUGGCCACAGAUUACAAGGCUUCGCUGGACAAGAUUAAAUCCCACGAAAAAAAAAUCAACCAAUUGACAGAUCAGCUCGAUGCCCAAAAGCAAGAAAACGAAAAACUUCAAAAAGCCGUCGAAGAAGCACAAGAAAAAGCCAACAAUGCAGCAGACGAGGGCGAAGUUGCCGAACUCAAGAGUCAGAUUGCGGCACUCAAGGCACAGCUGACCCAAGUUUUGCACACACCACGUCGUCAACAAUCGCAAUCUAAUGUCAACAACCGAAGCUUGUCGCCUGCACCACCCCAUACUGCCAAUUUACGCAGCGUCUCCCCCACCCCGACUUCGAAUAACGGCAAAUUGGACACUCAAGCUGUCAAAGAAAGCCUCAUUUCUCCUCCUCAGCAGCGCCAAGAGCAACAACAACAAUCAACCUCGAUCCGCAACAAAUCACCUAGCACCGCUUCACCCACAAGCAGAAAAGCACGCCGCAACAGUACUGCUGAUGUACCGAAUAACCGAUCCAAGACAUCUAUUGAUAACAUUCGCCACGCUGAGUUGUUGACCAGAAAUCCACGCCCAACAUCCAUUCACCAGUUUGGUCCAAUGCUUGGUGGAAAGGCUGGUGGCAUUGCCGAAGCUAUCGGUGAAAAUCCAGAAGAAGAGUUGGCUACUAUCUUAACCGAACAAGAAGGAUUGCAGGAGGAAAUUUUGGAAGGAUUGAUCAAGGCGUUGAAGAUGCCAUUACCAAGUUUGCAAAAUCCUCCAUCAAAGAAAGAAAUCUUCUUCCCUGCUCACAUGAUUGGCAUGGCUGUUACUGAAAUGUGGCAUCAAGGAAGCAUCCAAGAGUCCGAACGUCUGCUAUUUACGGUCAUGGAUACAAUCCAAAAACAAUGCCUGAGUUUCACUGGCGAUGAAGCCAUUGUACCUUGUGCAUUUUGGCUAUCCAAUGUUCACGAACUACUUUCGUUGAUCUGUAUUGCAGAGCACAAAUUGGGCAGCGAAGUCCACUCUGGCUCACGCAAGGUUGGCAGCUGGCAAGACUUUGAAAAGUUAGCAUCGACUGUCAAGUUUGAACUGCAGUGCUUGGAAGACAACAUUUUUCAUGCUUGGAUGAAGGAGCUCAAGAAACGGUUGGGCAAGAUGGUCAUUCCUGCUAUCGUCGAAGGCCAGUCUUUGCCAGGCUUUAUUACCACCGAUUCCGGUCGAUUUUUCAACAAAUUAUUAACCGGCUCGUCUCAACCGUCGUACACUAUGGACGAUCUGGUCAACUCUUUAACCAAGGUCUGGCGUUCCAUGAAGUGCUACUAUAUUGAACAUACAGUUCAGACACAAGUCUUGACUGAGUUGCUGAAAUUGAUUGGUGUUUCUGCAUUCAAUGAUAUAUUGAUGCGCAAGAACUUUUCAUCUUGGAAGCGAGCCAUGCAAAUCCAGUACAAUAUCACCCGAAUUGAAGAAUGGUGCAAGAGCCACGAUAUACCAGAAGGAACAUUGCAACUCGAGCAUCUCAUGCAAGCAACAAAACUUCUUCAGUUUAAGAAGGCCUCGCUCGAAGAUAUCGAGAAUAUCUAUGAUGUUUGCUGGAUUCUAUCACCAACACAAAUUCAAAAACUUAUAUCACAAUAUCAAACUGCAGAUUACGAGAACCCUGUACGGCCGGAAAUUCUCAAGGCUGUUGCUGCGCAUGUGGUUAGUGGAGAUAAGAGCGAUGUCUUGUUGCUCGAUUCAGUUUCGCUCGACGAUACUACCAACCCGUUUGAGAUACCUGUUCCCCGAAAGACGGAAAUUCAGAGAUACCUGCCUGCUUGGCUGAACCUUAAGCGCUUACGACGUUUGACUAUUUUGGUCCAAUACCAAAAAGACCAAGAGGAUGCUGUUGAGGCAACAGCGAUCGCUUCACCUUGAAAAUAACCAAAAUCGCACUUGCCUUUUGUUCCUUUUCGUCACAUAUGUUUCUUCCUCCUUUUACCUUACACACCCUCCGCACAGGCGUGAAAUAGCAUUCGCCUCCGUAAAAUAGCUUGUCAGCUAUAUUAACCUGACGGCAUUUGUAUGAAUUGUUCAAGUAUAAAUAUAUUUAACUUAUGUAAAAUGUACACUUUCCAUACUAUUAUUUACAGCGAAGCGUGUGGUGCUAUAUAGCAUACAUCAUGAAAUCUUC